UCAGUGAUGGAAUCAUAGACAGUUUAAUCAAAGAAGCCGAACUUGUCUAUGUGCAGUUUGCACAUGCAGGAAAGGUGCACUGUCAAAUUGUUGGGGUACAGACAGUAGAAAGAAAUGAUCCUCUGGCAAUAAAAAAUGCCAUUGAGAAAACUCUAGAGAUAAAUCUUCAACUUAGACUGUCGAGCCAAGACUGGGCAAAGAAGCUGGUUGGUUUUGGAAGUGAUGGUACCCAUAGCAUAGAGGGAGAGAACAACGAGGUGCCCUGCUACUAAGAGAAAUACAACCAUGUGUACAAACUGUAUAUUGCUUUGCACAUCACCUUGAACUAUCUUACAAAGCGGUGUUCCAGAACAUUCCUCUGUACAAUGAUGUCAAAGACCUCCUUCACAGCAUUUAUCACUUUUAUCACAAUUCUUCUCUUCAUAAGAGUGCUCUGAGAACUGCCUUCAAAGGCCUUCACCUUCGACCUGUGAUGCUUUCUCAAAUAGGAGACAGGAAGUGGCUUCAUGGAUUACAGGCAGCCCUCCAGAACUUUCUCAAGGGAUAUCCUGCAAUUGUUCGGCAACUGCACUCAGCAGGCAGAGGCAAAAGUGACACCAGUCAAAAGAAACCCAAAGAACUUCUGGAGUCCCUUCUCCAAGCUGACAUUGUUAAAUUUGCCCACUUCUUGUUGGAUGUCAUGAAUGUCCUUAGCAUUCUGUCCUGUGUCAAUAAGAAUAGAAAUUCCUCAAUUGCUGACAUAUUUGCCACUUUAGAGUCAACGCUGGAAAUGCUCCAAAUGUAUCAAACAAGACUAGGGCCAAAAGAACGCAUGGUGGAUUCAGCCACACACUUUCAUGGUAACUGCCUCAGAGGGAAAGAAAACAUUUGUGCUGUGAGAAACAUUGUUUUAACACAUCUUAUCAAGAGACUUCAAGGCUGUUUCAGAGAUGCCAGCCAAAAUGUGGUGAGGGCUACUGUGAUUGGAAGUUUUAAAUUGUGGCCCACAAAGAUAAAUCAAGAAUUUGGAGAAAAAGAGGUAUCCAUCCUGACUGCACAUUAUGAACCAGUAUUAGAAGCUGCCAAUGUGAAACUUAGUGAAGUGGAUACUGAAUGGAGCAUGUUGAAAUUAGAGAUUUAUGCCAGAUUUCAGAACAUUCCAAAAUUGACCUGGGAUUUUGUGAAUUCCAUUUACUUACACAAGUAUCCAAAUAUCCUGACACUAGUCGACCUAGUGUUGACCCUUCCUGCAAGUUCAGCUGAAGCAGAACGUGGCUUUAGUCAGAUGAAAUGGACCAAGUCACAUAUGCAUGCAAAAAUCAAGGCUGAAAUUAUGACGGAUGUCCUAAUUAUUCAGUUGAAUUCUCCAGACAUUAAUAAUUUUGACCCUAGGAAAGCUAUCCGUUUAUGGAAUGCAAGAACACCAUCUUCAACUGGUGACACAAGAUCUAAUUCAGAUUGCUCAUCAAACUCAGAAAAUGAAAGUGAUUAGCAAUAUGCAAAUGUUGACAUUUUUGUUGCUUAGCAAUGUAGCUCUUUUGCAUAGU